UGGCUAGGUUAGCAUUACCGGUAAACGUAGUCAACAAACAAAGUUAUUGCUGAUUGUUGCACAAUUUUCCACAAUUUUUGCGAAUAUCUUAUCAGUACUCAGAUAUUUGAAGGUUCUGUUACUAUAACCGAAAAUGAGUAAAGCACAUCCACCAGAGCUUAAAAAAUAUAUGGAUAAAAGAUUAUCCCUAAAGUUGAAUGGGGGCCGACGUGUUGUUGGAAUAUUGAGAGGUUUCGAUCCGUUUAUGAACAUGGUCAUAGAUGAAAGUGUAGAAGAAUGCAAGGACGGUACUAAAAAUAAUAUAGGAAUGGUGGUAAUUCGUGGCAACAGCGUCAUAAUGUUAGAAGCUUUGGAUCGAAUAUAAUACAUAUUUUACUAGAACUUAUCUCUAUCUUAUCUGUAUCUUAAAUAAU